AUGGAUCCUUUAAUGGACGUUAUAAAGAAUUCAGAGGAGCCAGAAUGGCUUGAACGAAUUGUAGUAGGUGAACUGCGACUAUGGCAAAUUAUGUUUUUAUGUUUAGCUGGUCUUACGGCUUUAAUCGUAAUGGUGUGUUGCUGUUUCCGUUUUCGUAUUCCCCGCACGAAACAACAAAUCGAAGCUGACUACAAGAGACGCAAGAUCACACAAAAGUUCAGGCAACAACUUGAGACCAUACAGGAUUCUAAAAUGGAUACCAUUUCGUUGAAGGAUGCUUUGGAACUGUUGCAUGAGAGGACACAUUCGAUGGAGGACAAUCAGGGCUCGCAGCCUAGUUCUAUAAUGUCGCCGCAACAAUUGAGCUCAUUGGAAACGUACCAACCAGACCAAAAACCAGAUCCACAGACAUCUACUAGCCAGACCUUUGUGAAAUUUGCGACGAAGGUGGCCAACCUUUCUAAAUUCGGCCAACCCAAGUCGCCGACAUCACCAACUGCGCCUGGUAAAAUGGAUUUUUAA